CAAUCAUUCAUCAGCUACAAUUUUUGCAAUGCUAAACGUCAAAUUGCUACCUAUUUGGUAAAUUUAUGCAUUGAUACAUGGGACGCUGCUACUGGUCUUAAAAUUUUGAAACGAUGACACUCCUUUGACUUUGUUGACGAGAUGCUAAGUCAUGCAGCUUACGAAUUGAUGACGAAUUAAAUGUUUAUACGUCUAAACUUGGGUUUAUAAAAGGUAUAUAAACUGACAUCCGUUGAUCAACGGAAAAAGCAUAUUCAGAUCAAGUCAAAAUGUCUAGCACUCAGAACAACAACCCCGGUAACUUUGCCAACCGUUCCAAGGAAGAAGUCCAGAACAUCGCGUCCAAGGGAGGACAAAGUAGCCACAGUGGUGGCUUUGCGUCCAUGGAUUCCCAGAAGCAGCAUGAUAUUGCUUCCAAGGGUGGUCAAGCCUCAUCCGGAUCCUUUGAACCUGGUAGCGAGCGCGCCAGAGCAGCUGGACGUAAGGGUGGCCGUGCUACUGGUAACACCAACCAAACUAACUAUGAGGAGGAUGAAGACUACAUCGACCAAGAUCAGUAAUAGUUUAGCUAAUACUGUCGUCAAUCCUGGCUCUGAAUUGCUGAGCACUUGUAAAUAAAAAAAAUGCGUGUUUGUACAAAAC